AUGUUGAACUCGUGUAUUUUCCCGCACCAGGGCAUCGGCGGCAGUCCAGUCGACGGACUGCCGCACACCCUUGACUCAUGCAAGUCGUCCGGCAUCUCAAGACCCAACAACUCGUCAUUGAGGAGGCCGUUAUCUGUUGCAGGGUUGCGUGAAGGCUACGAACUCAGGCUCGUCCCCCUCCCCGCCAUUUUGUCAGGCUCCCUAGGCCUGUCGUCGGCCGACUGCGCCUAUGGAGAACCCCCACGUUUGCUCGCUUCGCCCACCUCUCGUCACCGCCACGAAUUGAGGCUUCGUAUGCCUGCUGCUUCAACAUCUGCGUGCUCUCCCACUGGCGACCGGACCCCGCGCUCCCACCCCUACGCCUCCUCCUCUUUCGCCUCCUCCUCCGGCUCCGACUCCGACUCCGAGGAAGACGAGUCCAUCUUCUCCUACUGCUCCUCCUCCGAUGCGGCGAGUGCAGGUGCAUCCGCCCCCGCCGACGACAGAUACAAAACGCGUAUCACUAGUGUCCUCGCCUGGAGAGACGGGUUCGCGAAAGCCCUCGACACGGACGUCGACAUGCCCCCAGGUGCAAAGCGGAUGACGAUCCUGUCUUCGACUCCGACGACGAUAUGGUAA